AUGGUGUCAAAGAACAUGAUGGCUCGGCUGCACACCUCUUCCCAUUUGAGAGCCUUCUUGCCGGAGCGGAAGCACUCGUUGCCGUCUAGCAGCGGCGUGGAGGUGCUACUGUACAAAUUCGGCAAUCGGGAGCUUCAGGGAUACGGCUUGCUGGAGACGAUGCCUCGAUUGGACCAGGUCCGGGCCUUCCUAGUGGAAGACAUGGUCGUGGCCUCGACUUCGGCGCAGUGCAGGCAUGAGCCUCGCCUCUUCCUGAUGCAGGACAAGCGGCCGGAGGCAAGAGACGAGGACAUAGAG